AUGGCUUCUGAAGAGCAGCAACCCCAAGUGACCCUGCACUGGCUCAACCGCUCCCGCUCCCAGAGCAUGCUCUGGCUCCUCGAAGAGCUCAAAGUCAAGUUUGACAUCAAGCUCUACCACCGCACCGAGCAGGGCCUCGCGCCCCCGGAGCUCGAACAAGUCCACCCCCUCGGCAAAUCCCCCGUCAUCCAAGAGCAGCAGCAGCAGCAGCAGCAGCAGCCCAUUGUCCUCGCCGAGAGUGGCCACAUGGCGCAGUACCUCUGCGAGCACUUCCCCGAGGGCCGCCGCCUGGUGCCGCAGAAGUGGAAGCCCGGCAUGGAGGGCAAGUUUGGCGGCGAGACCGAGGCCUGGCUGCGCAACCAGUACUUUUUGCACUACAGCGAGGGCAGCUUGAUGCCGUACCUGGUCCUCAGCCUGGUCAUUGGAAGACUCAAGCAGCCGCCAGUCCCCUUCUUCAUCCGCCCCAUCACCUCCGCCGUCGCCAACCGCAUCAUGGCCAGCUACAUCUUCCCCAACGUCCACCGCCACAUCGGCUUCCUCGAUCAGCAGCUGCGCACCUCGGGCGGCCGCUACCUCUGCUGCGACCACCUGACGCCCGCCGACAUCAUCCUCAGCUUCCCGCUCUUCGAGGCCCGCGGCAGCCUCGACUCCAUGGGCGAGUGGCGCGGCGGCUCCUGGAAGGCCGAGUUUCCCCGCGUGCGCGAGUACAUUGACCUGCUCGAGAGCGAGGACGGCUACAAGAAGAGCACCGAGACCAUCAGGAAGCUCGAGGGGAGCGCGAGCGAGGCGGCCCCAGCCAAGAUGUAA